GCAGUUAUUGUGUGUCAGCUUUGGGCAAACAGCGAAGGACAACAUGUUAGGUUAACAGUCAGGAGUUUGAUGUUGGAACCUCCGCGAACGACAGUGUUGGGCUAUCACACAGGAAGUAAGUUCAUUAAGCUUGUUUAUUGGACCAAGACAUGGACCCAUGUUUAAAUUCCGACCAACCGAGCUGAAUUGAUCAUUAGUCCUCGCUGGAGCCACUCCUCCGCUAGGAUACCUGUGUGUUGUGGGAGGCUGGUGCUGGCUAGGUGAAUUGAAAUCCAGUCACCCAGCGACCGCUGUCACACAUCUGACUCACGGUGAAAGUAGUCCAGCUGGCCGUCCCAACACGGCGCUGUGACGGAUAAAUCAAGCUGGGCGUGAGCAAGAUUUCCGCAGUGAUCACAUCAUCCGUCAUUCAAAUAUCUACUCGGGCUAUCAUUUCCCCAACGUCAUCCGCAUUGACUUCCAGGGGUUAUUAAUUACGACUCACGAGACUCGAUUCAUUCGGACGUGCUGUAGAAGUAGCUUGGACAUAGAUUCGCCAUGUUGCCUGGGGGUAGACUUGUGUUGCAGGCUUAUACCUGUGUGUUGUUGUGUUCCCUGUCUCCCCUGGGGGCCUGGGGGCAUGGGAGGCUUGUAGACCCUCCCUCACGGUCCAGUAUGUGGAGGUUUCAGUUCAAUACACCCAGGAAUUAUGACGACAAUCAGCUUUUCUGUGGCGGAGUAAAGGUCCAGUAUGAAGACAAUGGCGGCAAAUGCGGCGUGUGUGGUGACCCCUGGCAGGGCCCACGCGACAACGAACCUGGUGGAAAAUUUUAUACAGGCAUCAUUGUCCGGAAAUACAAUGUUGGUCAAGUGAUAGGGGUUAAAGUUCAACUGACGGCCAGCCACAAGGGCUUCUUCGAAUUCCGACUUUGCCCAAACAACAAUCCAUUCAAGAACGUGACUCACGCCUGCCUUGAUAAGUACAUCCUUCCCUUGGCUAAGACAGGGGAGACCAAGUAUAUGAUAGAGUCAAAGGAUAGUAACCAAAACAUUGAGGUCAAUCUGAAAUUACCAGAAGGAGUUCGAUGUAGCGCAUGCGUAUUACAGUGGAAGUACAACGCCGGAAAUAGUUGGGGCACUGAUUCGGUCGGCAAUGGCUGCAUCGGCUGUGGUAACCAAGAGCAGUUUUAUGGUUGUGCUGAUGUUGCUAUCGGCUCUGAUCAGGCUGUUGUGGGCGUCAUCCCACCCAGGCAUCCUUGGUACUUCGACACGGACGACCGGUGGUACUGGGGUAUUGUUGAUGGAGGGAAUGGAACCAUGUUUGCAGCUGCCCACAGACAUGACGGACAUACACUACUGGUCCUGCUCACCGUCAUUGUGGCUGCAUGUAUUCAGUUUCGGUGCCAGUGAAGAACAGACACGUCUAACAGUGCUCAAAAUACCCAAACAUUGACAACAAUUUCAUUGUCACAACAGCAUUCUGAAUACAACCCCUGUGUAUAUAUGUAUGUAUAUUCCCUUAUGUGUUUCCUAGUUUUCAUAUCAAAGCACGCAUUCCAUUGAUCAAUAAUAUUAUCGUGAUUAUGAAAUGAUUAUUUUGCAUUUCAAAGCAACACACGCGAGAACGUUUCACUUCAUUCCCAAUUCGGUUUUGCUAUGUGUAAGAUGUUUACUUUUACAAUAAAAUACAAAAUGAA